AACAAUAUAUUAUAAACAAUGAUAAUGGAAAUGUGAGUAUUUAUUACUUUAAGUCCGUGAUUAUUGAGAUGCAGUAUUUAAGUCAGAGUAAAGGAUAAUCUGUAGUCUCUGGUAACAAUAAAUAGUGAGCAGGAGCAGUUUUUCAGAGUAUUUAUUUUUUUCCUUAUUUUUUUUUAUAUGUGUGGUCAAUUUACUUUAAAAUGACUGUGCUGUGGACAUAAAUAUUUAAACUUUUAUUAGGUAAUUUUAACUGGCACAGGACUUCCAAAAGAUUAAAAUAAAUAAAAAGUUAAUUAUUAUUUGACAUAUUUAUAAUUAAGUCUAUUACUUUUUAUGAUGAAGAAGGUUACAUUUCUGCAUGAAAUUAUGAUAGUCGGGUUCGGAUAUAACUGACAGCAGUAACACCAAGAUGUAUAGUGCGCUCAUUUCUUAACUUUGGUCAUCGAGUUACAUACAAAUGUGUUGUGUGCAAUAAAUAACUACACUGGCCAAGAUAUAGUUUUGUGCCAGCAAUGUUAGAGGUGUUUUAUAUGAAUUUAAUGUGCUUAUUUCCGAAUGUUUGUGUUUAGGUUCGACUAGUACUUAGUAGUAAUAAUAGUACUCGUUGCAGACAUAAGUCCCGUAAGAAAUAAAACUUUCGAAUCAUAACAUGUAAUUCAUUUUUAAUUUUGCCGAUAUGAUUCUUCCAAGAAAGAUUAGCGUCUACAAAAAGUCCCAAAUAUUUUAUUUCAUUUACCUGCUGAAUAACUCUACAUUUCCCAGCGGCAAACAUUUUUUAAUGUGAUGUAUUAAUUGCUUUAGAAAGAAUUGUUCUUUAUGUACACCGAAUAUUAUAUAUUUGGUUUUAUCACUUAGCAUUAGAAAAUGUUUGGAAAACCAAAAUUCUAAAUAUCUAAGACCAUCUUCCACGCUUUUUUUGCAGAUAGUCAAGAUUUAAAAUGCAAUGGCUGUAUCAUAAGCAAAAACUAUUACAACAUCAUUACAUCAAUCAUUGAUAUAGACAAGGAAUAUAAUUGGUACCUAUACCGAUCCCCGAGUUUUUUCAUAAUUUUCCAAGAAUUUUAGAAAAUACCGAAAAUAAUGAUAUAGGCCUGUAAUUUCCCAAACAAUUAGUAGCUCCCGUUUAUACAAAAGUAUUACAAUGGCCAUCUUCAAACAGUAUGGAAACUCCCCUUGCUGAAGACUAAAAUUAUAAAGAUAUAUGAGUACGUUUGAAAUGUUUUCCAAAAUCUCCACUACAAAAGAUCUUACAUUAUCAAAAACCCUGGAGCUUUCCCGAUUUUUUAAUUAUGAAAAAAUACUAGUGAUUUCAUCUGAUGUUGUCGGGGUCAUAAAGAAUGAACUAUUAGUGAAUUUGUAUGAAAAAAUAAUUAUAUAGAAAGUGAUUGUAUGGUAAAUUUUUUUAUUGAUAUUGUUUCUCAAUUUAUCGGCUAUUUUGAGAAGGAAGUUAUUGUGAACUCUGAAGAUAUUUUAUGUUCAUUUCAUAAAUGUUCAUUUUAAAAUGUCCAAUUGCAUAUAUUUACUUGACACACUUGUUUUUAGAAGGACCGUUGAUCAAUGCAUUAACCAAAUCCCACUGAGUUCGUGUAUUUCCAGAAUCAGACACAAACAAUUCAGAAUAAUAAUUUUCUUUUCUAGAUGUUAUUUAGUUUUUUAAAUAAUUUCUGUACCGCUUGUAGUAGCUUCGUAGUCUAUAAUUUUCAGUUUAUAACCUCAUUGCUUUGUAACACCUAUUCCUUAUUUUUAUUUUUGAAAAUGGAUAGACAUUUUGCCAGGGAGUAAGUUUUCUGUAGUUUGAUUUUAUUGAACACUGAUGUGUUACUCUGACACUUUCCGCAUGAAUUAUUUUCUAAAAUUCAGAAAAUGCUUCAGAAACAGUAUCUUUAUCGUAUACAACUGAUAUGUACUAUUUAAAAUAUGUUUUAGGUCAAGGAUAUUGAAUCUGGCUUUUGAGAUAGAUUAAUUUUCCAAUCUUAAUUCUUCCGCCUCAAGUUGAAACAUAAUCGGAGAAUUAUUCCUGGUGGUCUCCUAGAACAAAUAUUUCUGAGUAUAGCCUAUGUGUAUUACUUAUAUCUACGUACAGUCCAGAAACUACAAAGAUUAUAUACAUUAUAGAAGAGAGGUCCAUUGUUUUAGUUGCUUACGGAAUGAGUUUGCCUUUCUGCAACAAGACUAUACUAUAAUUGUGUCGGCUACCCUUUAGAUUUCUGACAUAAGAUGGAGAUUUUGGACACUUUUUUGCAAUACCCACUGCUCUCAGUUGUAAUAUUCAUUUGUACUGCUACAUGGCUUUACAGAUAUUUUACUUGCCGUGUCUGUAAAAGCAAAGCAAGAAUGGAUGGGAAAACUGUAAUCAUAACAGGAUGUAAUGCAGGAAUUGGUAAGGCAACAGCUUUCGAUCUUGCGAGGAGGGGGGCCAGAGUGAUAAUGGCUUGUCGGAACAUGGAAAAGGCCACUUUAGUGAGAGACAGCAUCAUUGAGAGCACAAAGAACACAAAUGUUGUAGUGAGACUCCUAGACGUGAGUUUGCUGAGUUCGGUCCGCAAGUUUGCUGAAGAGAUCAACCGUACAGAGAGGAGACUAGACGUGCUGAUACACAAUGCGGGGAUGUCUGAGAUGGGCAGAAACGUUACUAAGGAAGGCCUUCAGCUCGUCUGGGCCACCAACCACUAUGGACCCUUCCUGCUCACUCAUCUGUUAAUAGAUCUACUAAGGAAAACCAGAAACAGCAGAGUUGUAGUUGUUUCAUCAGCCCUACACAGGCGAGGAUGGGUUGACCCAAGAAAUCCAAAUCCAGUGGAGGAAAUAGAUGGAUGGACACUGUAUUACACAACCAAGUUUGCUAACGUGAUCUUUGCAAAUGAGCUAGCUCGGCGAUUAGAAGGAACAGAAGUCACUGUCAACUCUUUACAUCCUGGGUUGAUAUACACAAACAUUUUUAACCCAUGCUCGUACUGGACUCACAUACUCCUAACGCUUAUGAGACCUUAUACAAUGACGGAAGAGCAAGGGGCCCAGACCACUAUACAUCUCGCAGUGUCUGACGAGGUGCAGGGAGUCUCUGGAAAAUAUUUUUCAAACUGUAAGGAGGUUUCUCCAGCGAAGGAGACUUUAGAUGUGGGAUUGGCCAAGAAAUUCUGGGAAGCGAGUGUAGAUGUCGUCCAGUUAAAAUCUACUGACCCCAAGAUAUAACGGACACUAGCCAUAUUAUUAAUAUAAUGAUGCUUUAGUGAGCAAUACAUGUUUUUUAUAUUUAAUUACAUUUAUAAUUACUGUAAAUAUAUUUAUAAUGUUUCGUAUUAAUUUAUACUCGUAUAUAAAAAAAUUAAGGUUUGCUUAUGACACAACCGGUUUGUUACUUGAUAGAAAAGGUUAAAAGUUAUAUAUUGUUAGAAUGUAAUAAAACCGGUACAAGUCUGUACAAUCUGCAAGAGAUCCUUACUCAUCAUUAUAUCCUAUCCCUGAUUAAUAUACCUGGACUGGUUGUGUGUAUACUCGUACUACACUUUGUAACUUGUGUACAGAAUAAAAAUAUUAAUUUUUUAA